UCAGCUGAAUCACCAUGAAGAUCAUAACUCCAGAAGCGCAGCGUCUAUACACAGUGCAGUUGUACUCAUCAACGAUCAUGAACCAGACACACAACUCAGGCUUGGACUGUGACUCUAAAGCAGACUUCCAGUUCUACCUCUUCCCUGUUGUCUACUGCUUGGUGAUGGUCCUAGGCCUGCCAGGCAACCUUGGGGCUCUGUGGUUUUUCUUCUUUAAGAGGAAGCAGAGGACAGCCUCGGACGUCUUCAUCAUCAACCUGGCCGUGGCCGACACGGCGUUCCUGUGCACUCUGCCCUUCCGCAUCCACUACCACUGGCAGCACAACGUCUGGAAAUUGGGCAAACCCACUUGUGUCCUCAGCGGCAUCGUCUUCCACGCCAACAUCUACGCCAGCCUCGUCUUCAUGACCUGCAUCUGCGUUGACCGCUACGUGGCCACCGUGCACCCGCUCGUCUACCUGCGCCUGCGGAACACCCGCUGCACCAUGGCAGUGAGCGCCGCCGUCUGGCUGGUGUACGCGGUCACCACGCUGGCCUUCGUCCUGGCCGGCUUUCCAGAGAGCCAGGAGGACCGGUGCUUCGAGAGCUUCAGCCAGGAGGAGUGGGACAAGCGCCUCGGCGCCUACAGCACCUUCUGCCUGGUGUUCGGCUCGCUGCUGCCCUCGGUGGUCAUCUUGGUGUGCUACCCGCUGGUGGCCCGCCGCAUCACCCACAUUCGGACGAGCACAGCGGGCAAGGCGCGCCGCAUCAUCUACGCCAUCCUGGCCAUUACGCUGCUGUGCUUCCUGCCCUACCACAUGGUCCACCUCCUACACCUGCUGCGGCGCAUGCAUUACAUUCAGAACUGUGCCUUGGCGGACGCCAUCUACAAGGCCCGCCGCGUCACCAUGGCGCUGGUCAGCCUUAACAGCUGUCUGGACCCACUGCUCUACUAUUUCAGCACCAACCACUGCAAGUGGAGCAUGCCCAGACUGAGAUGGCUGCAGCCCAGGAGGACCCGUGGGGUCUACUACAUAGGCUCAGACUUCUGA